AUUGCAGUGAAACGGGGUGGCGUAGCGGAUUGCGCCCGUUCCCGUUUUUAACAUUUUUCACUAACUACGAGCUUCAUCCGUGACUUAUUUGUGUAAAAUAAUUAUAAGUCGAUAGUGAUAAGUGUUUCGAGUGCGCGACGGAACGCGAUGGACGCCGCAUGAGCUGUGAAAUAGUGCCUAACAAGUUACUGGUAGAUGUUGUUAAUGGCGUCCAGGACAGAAUAAAAUCAAAAUGUUUGUGUGAAAACGUGCAAUAAUCGGAGGAAGCUGCUGUGAUGUGUUUAGUUGCUGAGUGCGCAGACGCGUGGCUGGCGCGGUGAUGGCGGUGGCGGGCGCUCCAUGAGCCGGCUGCUGUGCUGUCUGUGUGCGCGCCCAGCCGACAUGGGCGCCGCGCUCUCGCAUCCUCAGGAGGGCGAGGCGUGCGAAGCCGCCGGCGUGGCUGCCGCUCCUCCUACCAUGGCUGAUGUCAUACGAGAGAGGAAGAAGAAGGCGGCGGGCUCGGGGCUGGGCACGCUGCGGCGCCGCAUCGCCCUCGUGCGGCGACCGCGCGACAACCGUCCCGACAGAGGCUGCGAGCACGCGCGCUUCAUCCGCGCGGUGGUGUCGUCGUGGCGGCUGGCGGAGGUGUUCCUGCUGUGCGAGGAGCUGGAGGCGGCGGCGGCGCUGCGCGACCUGGUCACGCAGGCCGAGCUGGCGCGCGAGCCCGCCGGCGCGCUGCACCAGGACCUCGCGCGGGCGCACGCAGACAGAUGGUGGUGUGACGUGGAGCUAGUAGGCGCGGGCUGGUCGAUCCCGGCACAUCGCGCGAUCCUGUCCGCGCGCUGCACCUACUUCCGCGACCUGCUGCAGAGAUACCCGCCGUCAUGUUGCCGCGUCCCCUUGGAAGGAGCCUGCUCAGCUCUCUCCCGCGAGGAGUUGGAGGCGGUGGUGCUGGCGCUGUACGCGGGGAACAUCGCGUGCUCCAGGAACACGCUGUGUCAUCUGUGUGCGAAGUGGGAUCGCGGCGUGAACGCGGACGGAGAUCUCGACAUCAUCAAUGUGGAUAAUAAUGCCACAUGUCGUUCGUGCUCGUGCAACCGCUCCCGCACGGACGCGUCCACCCUGCGCCGCCUCGGCGCCCUGCUCGGCUUCACGGCCGACGCGCUGCACCGCGACAUGCGCUACCUGCUGGAGUCCGCCGAGGCGGCCGACGCGCGGCUGGUGUUCCGCCUGGACGCGGGCUGCGGCGCCGCCUACGGCUUCCGCGCGGCCGCUGACCUGCCCUGCCAUAGGAUCGUACUGGCUGCCCGGUCCAGGUUCUUUAGGAGCGUGCUGUGUCGGCGCGCGGGCGCGGGCGGCGGCGCGGCGGCGUGGUGCGUGGACGAGAAGGUGCUGCCGCGGCGCUUCGCGAGGGCACUGCUGCAUGCUGCUUAUACUGAUACUGUGGAUCUAAGUCUGAUAGGUCGUAACUCCACGUCUCCGUCUUCCACCAACAGCACCGGCAGUGGCAACGCGUGGUCGGGUGUAUCUCGCGGCGGCUCGCGUCCCGUCACGGCGGCCAUGCUAGAUGACGCCUUCCAACUAUAUGAGAUCGCCAGGUUCGUAGAGAUGCCGAUAGUGGUGCAAGGCUGCGAGGACGCGAUCGUGGAGGCCCUGACGCCCGACAGCUUGCCGCACGUGCUGCGCUGGGCCGCACAGCCGCACGCCUCGCACUGGGUGCACAGACAAGCGAUGCGGUACUUGCGCGACGAGUUCCCCACGAUAAUGUCGGGCAGCAGCUGCGGCCGCAUCCCCACCAGCGCGCUGUGCGAGGCACUAGCGUCGCCCUUCCUGCAGGCCAGCGAGCCCCAGGCGCUGCGGGCGCUGCUGCGCUGGGCAGCCGCCGCCCGCCCCGACCCGCCCCCGCGAGAAUCAGGCCUAGUGUGGGCUCGAGCGCAGUCGGUGGGUCGGCGCGGCGGGCGGCGGCGCGACGCCGGCGACGCCGCACUGCGCGACGCGCUGGCGCCGCUCGCGCCGCUGCUGAGGCUGGAGCACCUGCCGCCCGACCAUGAGCUGUUGCAGCAGGUGGUCCGUCGCGGCAUAGUGGCUAUGGGCGCGGGCGAGGGCGCGGGCACGGCGGCCGCGUGGCUCGGCCGCGGCUCCUACCGCCCGCCCCGCUGCUUCCUGCCUUACUUGGACGAGCUGAAGGCGUUACUAGAGGACCAAGCGGUGCCGGAAGCGGAGCUGUCCCGCGCGAGACGCGAGCGCUACCUGCAUCGGAUACCCGACACCUUGUAUAUGGUGGCAGCGGCGCGGUCAUGCCCCCCGCGCUCGGCCCCCGCGGCGGACACGGGCGGCGCCCGCGCCUGCGUGUCCCCGCGCGUGCUGGCGGCGCUGCGGGCCCGCACCCGCCUGCUCCGCGCCGCGCCCCCCGCCGCGCGGGCCCUCGCGCUGCACGAGGGGGGCAGGGACACUGUGUACAAGCAGAUAGCGCUACGAGCGGUGCGCGAGAUGUCCCUGCCCGACGCGUGCGCAGACCUGCUGCUCGCAGACCUAGACUUAGACAGGGAGAGAGAAGCUGAAGACUGGGAGUCAGUGACGGAGCGCGAGAGACCCUCCGACGAUACCGACCCCGAGCGCUGGCCCGACCAGCCGCCGCUCGACUGCUGCAGCAGGACGCUGAGCGGCAGUGGGUCGCUGCGCUGCGCGUCGGGCGGCAGCGUGCGAGCGCAGCCCGCGCUGCACAUACCCAUCGACAACAGUCGCGCGGGCACGUGCGGGAGACGAGAUGGUGCCUCUAGAUCUGCUGAUGCUGCACUACACAGACAGUCAGUUCCCCGGGCGGCAGGCAGGCCGGCUGGCGCGGCGUUAUCAGCAUGUGUCCCCGACGUGUGCGCGCCCAACGCCAACACGCAUCUGCUCACCGCCCGGGACUACUUCCGACACGCGCCGCCAUGGGAAUACAGUGGUGGAGGAGUUCUACAGCUAGAUUUGGGUGAUGGAGCUACGCAUACACCACGACCAGGCUCUCGAGCUCAGCGGGCGGGCGGCGCUCACGGCAGCCGGCAGCAGCGGGAACACACGCCAGUGUUGCAGGCGAUGUCGUGUCUCCGCAGCCGCGCCGACGACGACGAGCUGAGAGCCGCCAUCGAACUAUCCGUUAUAAGAGCAUACUCGUCCUCCCGCGCCGGCGCCCCACCCCUAGCGGUGUCAGCCUCCCCCCCCCUGGCGCCGGCCGCGCCCCGCGCCCCCGCCCCCGCGGCCCGCGGCUCGGCCACGCUGCCGCACGAGCGACGCACUGCUCAUGCCGCCGUCGCCGCUCUGCACGCGCCGCUGCAUCAGCCUAGUGGUGAGUCAAGGCUGUGGGAUGUUACCGCGGCCCUGGGACAUGAAAGACUUAUGAAGGAACAUGAUGAUUAAUUUAUUUAUGUAUACAAUGUUG